GCGUCUUUGUAGCCAUGCCCUUGGAUAAUCACCCUGCUGUAUGAGUGCCAACUUUAUACAGUAUUGGCCAUGAAAGUCAUUAUCGUCGGUGCCGGCCUAGGUGGUCUGGUGUGUGCCAUCGCGUGCCGCCGAGAAAACAUCGAAGUUGUCGUUCUGGAGCGAAGUGUGGAAAUAUCACCGGUCGGUGCGGGCAUUCAAAUCCCACCCAACGGUUCUCGAAUUAUGAAAGAGCUGGGCCUUUUGCCGCGGGUCCUGGAAAAAGGCGCCAUUAUAGAAUCGAUGGAUAUCCGACGGUACAAAGACGGAAGUGUAAUCACGUCUAUGCCCUGUGGAGAAACGGUCACUCGGGAAUACGGAGCGCCGUGGAUUAUGAUUCACCGAGCGGACUACCAAAUGAUUAUUCUAGAUAAGGCAAGAUCACUCGGCGUUGAUCUUCGCUUGAAUGCAGCGGUUGAGGACGUGAUACUAGAGAGUCCGCAUGUGGUCCUAGCUGGAGGAGAAAAAUUAUUUAGUGAUGUUGUAAUAGGGGCUGACGGCCUCUGGUCAUCAGUACGAAGUGCAAUCCUCAGUCGACCCUGUCUUCCCAUCGACACAGGAGAUCUCGCAUAUCGAGCCACUUUUUCCCGAGCUCAGCUGGAAGCCCUCGUCGAUCCACAAAUCAAUGAACUGUGUGCCAAAACUGCAGUGACAGCCUGGUUUGGACCAAAGAAUCAUGCAGUAUUUUACCCUAUCCGAGGGGCGACGGAGUUCAACCUUGUUCUGUUGCAGCCGGACGAUCUACCGGCUGGGGUGCGUACCCAGCAGGGCGAUCUAGAUGAGGUUCGCUACGGAUAUAGAGAUUGGGACGAGACUCUACAAAGACUGAUUUCUUGUGUUCCGUCGAUCUUGAAAUGGAAACUGUGUCAUCUCCCAGAACUAAGCAUAUGGUCAAAGGGCCACACCACACUCCUAGGCGACGCCUGUCAUCCAACCCUUCCGUACCAAGCCCAGGGAGCUGCUAUGGCGGUAGAAGACGGUGCCGUACUUGGAAUGCUGCUAGGUGCGGUUGCGUCCCGCAGAGGAAGUCUAACAGCAGGAACCAGAACUCCGGAUAUUCCCGACGUUCUUAAGCUAUAUGAAGAAAUCCGAAAGCCAUACACAUCUCGUAAUGUGAACGGCGCAGUGAGAAACAGAUCAAUAUUCCAUCUGGAGGACGGCAUAGUGCAAUGGCUCAGAGACAAGGUAAUGGGCUUAUCUGGGCUGACAAGGGAGACAGAUUGGAGUUACAUCAUGUCAUAUCGAUAUAGACAGAUGCUCGGGACUGACGUUUUGCGGGAAGCGGAGAGAGGACUGCAAAAGCUUUUAGGAGAAAUUAAUCUACACAGUCAUGAAGACUAGCCAAAUAUUGAUACAUACCCCAGUCAAGUCUACCGUUUAACCCCGACGUACCAAUAAAUAUUCACAAAAGGCCAGAAAACCAUCCUGCUCCCCGACUUGAACUCCCACCCGCUGAUAUCUAGGUCAGGCUGGUGUAGAAGUGUUUGAAUCUCCUCAGGAGUUCGACACCUCAUCGUAGAAAUCAGGCCAUCAAACGAGACAGCAAACGAUAGU